AUGCCACCGCAACGCAGCUCAAGAAAACUCACCCGGCAAGCACAACAUGCCCUAAUCCGGAAAUACAAUAUAUCCAUUGAAGGCCCCGUCCGCCGGCGAGACUGGCCGCCCCGAUAUGCGCCCAUAUUCGGCCUCGUGCGAGAUAUGGAGAAGGUCCAAUACGAGGAAUACUCUACCAGAGACUAUGGAAGCGAUGACGUGAGGCGGAUCCUCGUCUCUAAGAUGUGUAACCGUGUCGAGAAGCUUGUUAUCCAGGCCCAUGCGCUUCGUGAGUCCCUCGAUAACGAGGAAACGUGGAGGUUGAAAACGGAGAAUCUGAUUAUCGAGAGGUUCGAGGAAGAUGUAGAUUGCCACGUCUGCGCAGACCGGCGGUGGAUCUCGGACUUCCAGGCAAUACCAAGUUGUCCAGAUACAGCAGCGAGAUUAACAGGUAUACGAGGUGACAGAAAGCUGUGUCAGUGUUCGGAGGCUACGCGGGCAAAGUUGCUGGCCGAAGCGUCCUCGCAAAACACCUUUAUCACCAAAGGGAGCUGCACCGUCGUAGAUAGAUCAAUGGCUGAGAUUCAGAAAAAGAUGCUUGCGCAUCACAGGCCAGAUCGGGUUCUUGGGCUAGGACGGACCCCCGAGCUAGAACAUCUUCUUGCUGCCAACCCUAGCAUCCCGCGCACAGUCAUUGGGGAAGACAUGGGCAUGUACUUCCCGUUUCUUGUCCUUGAAGCCAAAUCCGAGAAGAACAGCGUGGGGUUCGAGUCGAUUGAGCGGCAAACUGUCUUUCCAAUACGUGCCAUGCUGGAUCUUCAGAGGAAUUUGGAAGCGGCCAGCAAUGUGCAAUUCGAUCCAUUGGUGUGGUUCUUAGCAAAUCGUGGAGAUGAAUGGAGGGUUUAUGCGUGUGUUCCUCACCGCGCUCACACGAAUAUCAUUGAUCUUUGGCACGGGUCUAUUCUCAGGCACGAUUCGGCAUUGCAACUACUUUUGGUGAUAGACUUGUUAUGUGACUGGGCGAGAGACAUAUUCAUGGAGCGUAUUACGAUGAUUCUACAAGAACAGGCAGGUCUGGACGGUCCAAAUUUGCUUUCCCAGGAUAGUGUCCAAGUCAUGCCCCCUAUACAGCCCUCGCUAGGUAGCCCACCGGCCCUUCUCCCGGAAACUACUGAGCCGGUCAGCAGUGCUGAGACAAUGCAUUUCUCCUCCACAACUCCUGCAAUAGUCGCAAAGCCUGAGACAGAAGAUGUUGUUAUAGACGAUGUGCCAGACAUCAGUACCCAAGACACACCAAUUACGGAGGCAACCAUGGAGCCUACUCCAAUCUCAAUUACAGAACGGACAGACAGGACAAUAAUACCGGAUGGCUGGCCUGGACACUUAGCUUUAAGAUCUCAGUUCGAUGUGCAUCUUCGAUUUCGCUCUCUAUCGCUUCCCGAGUCCGCCCACGACUUAUCCGUACUGCUGGCGACAAUCGACGGCAAGGACAAGAUAGCCCAAACUGGCAUAAAGCUGCUGGAGUCGUUUAGUUUAAUUUCCCCUUUGUGGAUGGAUCAGACAUGCCUGGGGGAUCCCGAGGCUCCCCUUCGCCCUGAGAGCCAGCCCUUGCUCUAUGCCUGUCUGCACUGGCGAACGACCAUUGACUAUGAUAACUGGGUCAUAAAAAACGAGCUUGCAUGGAUUACAGCUUCAGAUGUUGCCAUGGGAGUCUUAGCAUAUAUCAGCCAUAUCCCUGGGGUCAAGCCAUCCGGGGGGGGUGAUAUCCAGGGAAUGCGUACCGCGUCUGAUUCAGGACCUUCGUCACCUCCCGCUGCCAGAACUAGUGCAAGCAGCGGCCAGGAAGGAGUUUCUGCACUUGAGUAA